AUGCCGGCAUCUAAACGACCCAGGAUUUUGGUUUACGACAUUGGAUUAGCGAAUUAUCAGAAAAAAUGGUCAAAAGUCUUACUUGAGAAGGGAUAUUUGAAUGAGCUCAGGGAACUUGAUUUCGAAAACUGUCCGGGAUUUUGGAAAAUAAAUAACGAAACCAGAGGAGAAUAUGGAUGGAAGCCUGGUGUAAUAUCUGACGUUAUUAAAGAUUAUCCUGGGCCAAUAUUUUGGCUUGACUCGGGAACUUAUGUAACGGAGAAAUUUUUGAGACAAUUUAAUGUCGUUCUGGAUUAUUACGAUGGUUUCUUUUCGCCUCUAUCAGGUGGUAACAUGUUAAAAUGGACACAUCCAGGCGUUUUCAAGUAUUUUAAUGAUGUUCCAGAAAAAUACUCGGGUUUUCCAAAUUGUAAUGGAGCAGCGAUAGCAUUCGAUUCGAACAGAGUAGGAAAUUUAAUAAACAGUUGGAUAGAAUGUGCUCAAGUAAAAGAAUGUUUUGCGCCAGAAGGCAGUAGUAGAAAAAACCAUCGACAAGAUCAAGCAAUAUUAACAUAUUUGGUGGCAAGACAAAAACGACCCUGUGUAAACAGGCCAGAAGUUUUUGGAUUGAAGACUCACAUGGAUAGUGGAUGUGUGAAGAAUGUUUACUUUCAUGAAAAAUUAAAUAACAUUACCUGGUCUCCAACUAAAGAAGAUUUGAAAGAGAUGGAGAUGUUAAAAGAGAUGUUCAUUAAGCAUCACAUCUAUGAUAUUUGGAGCCCUGGAGCCGAAAAACAAACACUGGAUAUAAUUAAUGCCAAUGAAACGUUCAAUCAUUUUUUUCAUGAUUAUUAA